CCAGCCUGCAGAGGCGCUGAAGAGCAGGCCUGACGCUGUUCCCUUCCCUUCUCAACAGAACCUGCAUGUGUACAUCUCAGAGCACGAGCACUUUACAGACUUCAACGCCACCUCAGCACUAUUCUGGGAGCAGCACGACCUUGUGUAUGGCGAUUGGACUAGCGGCGAGAACUCAGACGGCUGCUACGAGCACUUUGCUGAGCUUGACAUCCCACAGAGCGUCCAGCAGAACGGCUCUAUCUACAUCCACGUUUACUUUACCAAGAGUGGUUUCCACCCAGACCCCCGGCAGAAGGCCUUGUACCGCCGGCUUGCCACAGUCCACAUGUCCCGGAGUAAGUGCUUUUCUGCAGCCAGGACCCACUGUCUAGGGGGCCAGCAUCCUGGGAGCCUCCAGGCUGUGUGAUGGACAGCACAUCCCAGGUCCGGGAGGGCAGGCUUGAAGCCUGUGCUCAGAGAGGGUGGAAUUGGCAGGGCAGGCUCAAGCCUCACCCACCUUUAAAGAGCCCUGUGGA